ACAGCCCAGAAAAUACAUUUUAUAACAAAUAAAUAAAAAUGUAUAAUAAUACAUUAAAUCAUUUCAGCAGCCCUUGCUUCCCCAUGGGUGUCCCCCAACCCCAGUUCGAAAAACGGUGAUCACUACAGAAACCACUUUAAAUGACCUUUUGACCCCAAGAAAAAUCCAAACACUCAUGCAAAUGCUCAUUUGAUGAUUUGUUACCCAUUCAUGGCCUGAAGUGUGCUGACACAAAGUAAAAAUGAACAGUGAUGCUAUGAUAGUUUCCAGUCAGCACAUCUUUGACAAUGCACUGUAAGUUGCAUUGGAUCAAAGCGUCUGCUAAAUGCAUACAUUAUUUUUUUAAAUAAUUUUUUAAAUAUGCCCCCUAAAACUUUAUCCUUUGUGGCAACAGGCCUACAGUGUGGUUUUAAAAGAUAUACGUCACACUAACUUUAAUGGACUGCUUUCACCUUGUAGUUUUUCUGCUUUCUUUUUCAGAGCAGCCCAUCCAAACUGAGGGACCUCCAGCACGACCCAUUUAACCAUCUGCAUCGCACGUGUCAAAUUUUACGUGCUACGUCACGCCAACACCAGCGCGUCGAGAGCCACAGCUCCGCCAUAUUGCAGGAAAUCCGUUUGAGGGUUAGAGAUUAGCGUUUAAUCUGAGGAGCUGGGAGCGAGAGUGUGAUUGGAAGUUACUGCUAGCCAUAUGGUUAGCUCGAGUGGGCGGGUAGAUCGCGCAAUCGCUGUUCUCACACGACAGGACAUAUGUUUAUUAAGACAAAUCGGCGCGGUUCGGCACGUUAUCAUUAUGCCGAACUCUCUUAUGAGAGUCUAGCUAAACUGGCGAGUUGACGUUCUGACUCUGAAAAGUGGAAAAUCGGAUUAACGUUCAAGAUUGCGCACCAAACUCUAAACAUUUUGUGUGGCUGGCUCCCGUUGCUACGAGCCCAAGGUAUCUGAGAGAAAAGCUGAUAGAUAGGUCAAUGUCGGCAGGAAAACCCCGAGACCGGACUCGAUUCUACUGACGUUAGUUUAUCAGCGACGAUCGGUGGUUGUGUUUCUGUCAGCGAGGGCAAGCGUUCGAGUCGUGUGUCUGCUGGCGAUGUUAUUAUGCUGCCCUGUGACCCGUGUACCAAACUGUUGUUCAGUGUUGACUAAAUUAGCUGUUUUAGUGCGUUAAACCUGCCCGCUGGUCUGAAUUUCAACAGUUCUCGGACCCUUUGGAGUCACUGGCCGCUUUGCGAUCUCUCCUUCCUCGGACUCGCAGCAGCAAACACGGAGGAUAUCUUUGCUCGCUGGCUAAUUGAACUGUGAGAAGAUGUCGACUAAAGAGCCGAAAGAAAACCUGUCGACCACCGAACGAAUCAUUAAAACAGUGCCACUGCCCCCUCACCAGCGGCUGACAAUAAAGGACCUAUUUGUGGAUGGUAAGCCAAAUGCCGAGCUACUGAAGAACCAUUUGAUCAAAGAGGGACGUGUGGAGGAGGACGUUGCGCUGCGCAUCAUAAACGAGGGUGCCAACAUCCUAAGGCAGGAGAAGUGCAUGCUAGAGGUGGAGGCACCAAUCACUGUAUGUGGUGAUGUUCACGGACAGUUCUUCGACCUCAUGAAGCUCUUUGAAGUUGGUGGUUCCCCCGACAACACGCGCUAUCUCUUCCUGGGCGAUUAUGUAGACCGAGGAUACUUCAGUGUUGAGUGUGUGCUGUUCCUGUGGACAUUGAAGAUCAACCAUUCCAACACCCUCUUCCUCCUCAGAGGCAACCAUGAGUGUCGGCACCUCACAGAAUACUUCACCUUCAAACAGGAAUGUAAAAUAAAGUAUUCAGAGAGGGUUUAUGACGCAUGUAUGGAGGCCUUCGACUGCUUGCCUCUUGCAGCUCUUCUAAACCAGCAGUUCCUCUGUGUACACGGUGGCCUCUCACCAGAAAUCAACUGCUUAGAUGACAUUAGGAAAUUAGACCGGUUUAAGGAGCCCCCGGCAUUUGGGCCUAUGUGUGAUUUGAUCUGGGCCGACCCAGGAGAGGACUACGGCAGUGAGAAGACGGCCGAGCACUUUAACCACAACUCAGUCAGAGGCUGCUCCUAUUUCUUCAGUUAUGCAGCAGUUUGUGACUUUCUGACAAACAACAACCUGUUGUCAUUAAUCAGAGCACAUGAAGCACAAGACGCAGGGUACAGGAUGUACAGAAAAAGUCAGACAACAGGCUUCCCUUCAUUAAUUACCAUUUUCUCAGCACCAAAUUACCUGGAUGUCUAUAACAACAAAGCGGCUGUAUUGAAAUAUGAAAACAAUGUCAUGAACAUUAGACAGUUCAACUGCUCUCCUCACCCGUAUUGGUUGCCCAACUUCAUGGAUGUGUUUACGUGGUCACUACCCUUUGUGGGCGAGAAAGUGACUGAGAUGUUGGUGAAUGUCCUAAACAUCUGCUCUGAUGAUGAACUCAUGUCAGAGGGAGACGACUUGUGUGAAGCAGGUGGAGCUGCAGCUGUCCGUAAGGAGGUGAUCAGAAAUAAGAUCCGUGCCAUUGGGAAAAUGGCCAGAGUCUUUUCUGUUCUCAGGGAAGAGAGUGAGAGUGUACUGACCCUCAAAGGGCUCACCCCAACCGGAACGCUACCUCUAGGAGUGUUGUCUGGAGGCAAGCAGACCUUGCAGAAUGCCACCAUAGAAGCAAAGGAGGGUCAAGCCAUCCAAGGCUUCUCUCCUACACGGAAAAUCCACAACUUCGAAGAAGCUCGUGGCCUGGACCGAAUAAACGAACGGAUGCCUCCUCGCAAGGACGGCCAGCAACCUGACGGUACCACAGUUAAUGCUGCCAACGAGAAAAACGGCACUGACGGGAAUGUGUAAGGGGAGAUUUUGCACUUUUCCUCUCCUCCAUAGCAUUGUCUCUUUCUCUGCCACGUUCUCCACAAGACAGACCCCUCAACUGCCGGAUCCUGCAGAGGAGGGCCUUGGAUGUGGAGAGGAAUCAUUCCACAGACGGGGAGAGAAAUCACUUACAACUAAGUACAAACAUGAGAUUUUAUUUAUUAAAUGAAUUGUAUUAGAUGUACUUGAUAGCAACAUUUUAAAGAUGAGCGAACAUUUGAAAGUGUGCAAAAAACAGGUAUACAGUCACAAUGUGUCAAUCUUUAAACUGCAGUUUUGUAACUCGAGAGCAGAGAUGUGGGUUUAAGAUGCUGCACAGAUCAGAAGAUGUAGUUAAUCCCCAUUUUAUAAUAUUGUAUGUCGCAAGGGAUGGUUUGACUGAAUAUAUGACUGAUGUAUGUUAUCAAUAAGCGAUUUUAUUAAGACAAAACAAACCUAAGGGAAAUAAGUUCAACUGUAGGUUCACUGAAAAACAUUUUAUAUCUACGAAAGUAAAACUGUUUAAUAUUACUGUUUCAAGCAAGAUUCCGACUGAAUGAAAAUAUUAGCUGCUUUAGGUUAGAUGUGUCUAUUUCUACUUGGAAAAACUAGCAUUUUUGUCCAAAUACAGCCAGAUGACACACCACAUGCAAGCAGCCAUAACAUUGAAGUUGUUUGAUUCUAAAAACAAAGCAUGUCUUAUGAAAGCAUCACAUAAUCUUACUUCUGCAUCUGUACUUGAGGCUAUUUCAGUCUCUUUAGAAAUAUCAUUUGACAGUCUUUCAGGCUCACUUUCCCUCAUUUCUUUCUGCCACACUUCUCUUUUUGCUGUUUCUUAAAAAAGAUGAUAGAUGAGUUAAUAUAUACAGUGAAAUCCGUUAGUAUGCCUAUAAGCUCAUGUACAUUUGUAACAGCCAAUGUGGGACGUGUGAAGUUGCUUUGAUCGACUCGAAAGCCAAAGUCUUUUUUUUUUUUGUGGUGUGAUGAGUUCACUGCCAGAGCUCUAACCAGCCCUAAUUUAGGGUAUGAUGGGGAGGUAAUGAGGAAUAUUGCACUAAACGCAAGUCACUGUAAACAGAGAAUGCCUACAUGUUAUAUUGAAUAUCCUCUCUUUAAAGAAUGUCCUCCAGGCCAUCACUUAAUGCAAAGUAUUCAGCUUUCGCUCGUACAGACUAUCGAUUUCAUCCAGCUCGUGCUUGAGACAUUAACAAAGCAUGCUGAGCUUGAUAAACGUGUCACAAACUGACUUGGUGGUUUGAGCUGUAACACUAUGUGAGGUAUUGUGGUAAGGUUUUUUAUUACAUGGCUGCUUGUUUUAACAGGUUUAGGGAAUGUUGUAUGUCUCCACCUACUGUUGAGAUACAGAACUUCAAGAGAAUAUAGAGGAAGAGCAUUAAGCCUUUUAAUGCACGUUUUUAUUCAUUUUACCAAGAGCAGCAAGUUCAUCUGGUUUUAAAGCAGGUUUAAUCAUGAGUUUGCGAUGGUGUUGAAUGUCUGAUGCUAUGCACAUGAUCAACCCACCCCAUUUUCUGGAAGCAUUUGAAAUGUACAUUUUAGACAACGGUUCAUUUUGUAAAAAUGUUUUUGUGUUUUAUUUAGACCAAGUUUUUCACCUUUAUUUUCUUAUUUAAAUACUGGACCGGUUCUUCACAUGAGACUGAUUUAUUUUCAUUUCAAAAUCUAAUUCUAUGACCAAUAUGUUGUGCUCAUCUUUAGGUGUAUGAAUUCAGCUUUUAUGACAAAUAAAUAUGUGAUUCCAGUGACACCUUCCAACAUACAGCAUUUUCUGAAGUGUGUAUGUGUGUGUUUUGCAGGAUCAAAUCAGUGCAGAAUGUCUGUGGACCCUAAAGGGAACAUUUGCUACAUUUAUUUGCAUGUAUUUCAAAUGAUACCAAUGGAAGUACCGAGAUUAAGCAGCUGAUCUGGGAUCAGUUCUACUGUUUUCCUAGAAUGGUUUAACAGGGUGUGAGCUGGUCUUGGUAUACUGGCAACGUGAACUUCUAACGGAGUGAUGAGGAAGUUUGAAUCUAAGUUUCUGUUUGCAAUCAAGAGUUGAAAUGGUGAGUAUUAGGCCUUCAGAGGCUCAAUGAAGUCCCUGAAACACAUUUGUGGGAAUGUGUCAAAAUGUUGUUUAUGCACAAUUAUAGCAUCAUUAAAAAUACAAUAUGGGAAUAUAAUU